AUGCCUCACUCAUUCGGUCUCCGUGCUCGUACCCGUCAUAUGUUCUCUCGUAAGUUCAGAGAGCAUGGUUCAAUCCCUCUCUCUACUUACUUGAAGACCUACAAGGUUGGUGAUAUUGUUGAUAUCAAGGCCAAUGCUGCUGUCCAAAAGGGUAUGCCCCACAAGUUCUACCACGGUCGCACCGGUGUCAUUUACAAUGUCACCAAGUCUUCCGUCGGUGUCCUCGUUCACAAGAACGUUGGUAACCGUUAUUUGGAGAAGCGUGUCAACGUCCGUGUUGAACACAUCAAGCACUCCAAGUGUCGUCAAGAAUUCUUGGACCGUGUUGUUUCCAAUGCUCAAAAGAAGAAGGAAGCCAAGGAAGCUGGUGUCUCUUUCAACUUGAAGAGAAUCCCUGCUCAACCUCGUGAGGCUCGUCACAUCUCUACCAAGUUCAACGUUCCUCAAACUCUUGCUCCUAUUCCUUAUGAGACUCUCAUUUAA